UGUGAUUUUCUUCUGCAGUCGGAUGCUCUCAGUCACCCAAAGGCCCUGGUUAGUCCCCUGCUUGCUCCCCACCUAAGCUGAGCUUGAUGAACAGCAUUUCCCUGCACAGCAGCCCAGGCAGCAGCAGAUGUCCUGGGUUCUUUGCCAGGCCUCAGCCCAUUCUGCUGCCUGAACUUCCGAGUGAGCACUGAAUGCCAGAGGGCAGGCCUCGGUUGGGCGGCAGAGCCCCCGGGUGGUGCCGUACCCAGCACGCAGCCUAUGUCCUGCAGAGCCCGCCCUUCAGACUGCAGCAGUUGUGUCCAUGGGCUCAGCUGAUCAUCGACUGAACUUAGCAGAGAUCCUUUCACAGAACUAUGGUGUACGGGAAGAAAGGGAGGAGGAAGAUGAUACUCAGGAGAAGCAGAAAUCUUUAGAAGAGCUGGAGAAGAGCUUCAGUGCCCCUCAGCUGGUGUUGUGCUCGGUGAUUGUUCCCUUCCUGAUGAAGCUUUGUCCUCCUCUCGCUCAGAGCAGUGAAAUGCCAUUUGAGGAGCUGCUUGCACUUUAUGGCUAUGAGGCAUCUGAUCCCAUCUCGGAGCAGGACAGCGAGAGCAAUGAUAUUACUCCAAAUCUCCCAGAUAUGACUCUGGAUAAGGAACAAAUAGCGAAGGAUUUGCUUUCAGGGGAAGAAGAGGAGGAGACACAGUCUUCAGCUGACGACCUGACACCAUCCGUCACAUCGCACGAUGCAUCGGACCUAUUCCCAAACCAGCCUGGCUCAAACAACUUCCUUGCUGAUGAAGACAAAGAGCCCUGUUCAUCUCCAUGUGCUUCCUCCAUGGCUGAGGAUUCGGAGGAGGAUUCCAUCCCAUCCAAUGAGUGUAAGAAGGAGAUCAUGGUUGGACCUCAGUACCAAGCCACUGUUCCCAUCCUCCACUUGAACAGGCAUGGGGAAAAAGUGCUUUUUCUGUUAGCCUAUGAGAAUGAAGAUCAGCUGCUUUGGGACCCAAACAUCCUCCCCGAGAGAGAGGUGGAGGAGUUCCUGUACCGCGCGGUGAAGCGGCAGUGGGACGAGCUGUCCAGCAGCAGCCUGCCAGAAGGAGAGAUGGUGAAGGACAACGAGCAGGCUUUGUACGAGCUGGUUAAAUGCAACUUCAAUGCAGAAGAGGCACUGCGGAGGCUACGGUUCAACGUGAAGGUCAUCAGAGAUGAGCUUUGUGCCUGGAGCGAGGAAGAAUGUAGGAAUUUUGAGCAUGGCUUCAGGGUCCAUGGGAAAAACUUCCACCUUAUCCAGGCAAACAAGGUCCGUACCCGGUCAGUGGGCGAGUGCGUGGAAUAUUACUACAUGUGGAAGAAGUCGGAGCGUUACGACUACUUCACUCAGCAGACACGUUUAGGAAGGAAGAAGUACGUCCUCCACCCUGGAGCCACGGAUUACACCGACAAUGACUUGGAUGGGGGUGAAGUUGAAAACUCCACUCGUCCUCGGAGCUCCCCUCCCAUUCCCUCUGGAACUGGCUGCCUGGAUUCCCACUUCAGUCAAGACCAGAUAGCAAUAGAGAGCACAGAGCCCCUGAGCGUGGAGAGCACUGCCUGCAGCCUGGGCAGCAUGAGCGAGUCGGGGCAGGGCUACGAGUGCAGCACUCCUUCGGAGACCAACUGCUCCUUCGACCCCCAGGAAGAGCCAUCCUCAGGCACCCCCUCGGCUCCCUGCCCUCGCCACCCCACCGCCAGCACCGAGCCGCGGCUCUUCCCUCUGCCCCCGGCGGCCCCGGCACAGGCGGAGAAGCAGGAGCCCUUGCAGAGCUCUGGUGGGACGCUAAGCAUGGACUUCCCUCUCCCUGCAGACAUUAAGGAGGCUUUGCCUUUAAUCGCUGGCCCUGUGGAUUUGGACAGAGAGCCAGAGGUGGCCCCUGCGCAAGUGUCCUUAUCGGUCACAGAGUUUGGCCUCAUCGGCAUCGGAGAUGUAAAUAGUUUCCUGAGUGCUCACCAGGCUUGUCCAGCUCCUGUGGCUCGGUCGGAGCCUUUGUCACAGUGAAAGGCUCCGCUCAUGGACUUGUCCCAGACCCAGCAAGGACUUUGAGCUGACUUGACUGAAAUCCGGGAGCUUCCGCUGCUCCCCAGGGACAGUUUGGAGCUGUUGGUCAGAACCCGCCUUUCCAUCCUCCUUGAUCCAAGUGAAACCAAACACCUUUCUGCUCCAGUGUGUUCUGGCA